UGUGGAGGGUAGCUGGUGUACGCUCGUGUCCAGAGCAUCUCUGCCUAGAGGAGGUUUCGUCUGUUCUCGUCUGGAGAAGUGGAGACUCAGCUACCCCCAUUCUUUUUUUUAAAAAAAAGAUAUGAAAGAUGAAAUUGCUGUUUCAGUCUUCUUCAUCAUGCGGCUGGUGAAGAGGAACGGCCAACUGAGCAAACACCAAACUGAGAAGUUUGCAUCCAAGCUGAUGAUGAUUUUGUUUGAGAAAUACAAGAACCACUGGUACCUGGACAAUCCCUCCAAAGGGCAGGCUUUCAGAUGUAUCAGGAUAAACAGAUUUCAGAUGAGAGAUCCUCUACUGGAACAGGCCUGCGUGGAGAGCAGUGUGGAUUUUGGGCAACUCGGCUUGCCAAUGGAGCUGACCAUCUGGGUGGAUCCAUUUGAUGUGUGCUGCAGAUACGGUGAGAAGAACCCACCUUUCACGGUUGCCCACUUUGAGGGCAACGAAGAGGAUCAGGACCUUUCCCAACGCAUCAGCCAGGCUGUGGACAGGCUGCGACCUCUGAUUGCUAAGUACCUCCUCAUGCGCACCAUGACGGCCUCUCCAGCACCCUUCAGCGCAUAUUAUCUCCAAUACAAGGCAUUCAAGUCCUGUCGGCCAUCGGCAGGUUUUGCCGCUCCCCGCGUGGACCGAUACCACUGGGUCAACACCAACCGAUAGAGUGGCAACCAUCACUGCUCUGUACGCUCUGAGCAUUGGGGAAGAAACUGCCGCCUUCUGAGGAAGCUGGAACUCUCAACCAGCGGAACUCUUUUGAAUACCUGGUAGAUUUUUUCUCUUCCUGUCUCCCGGGUCUUUUUUACUUCUCUGUGUUUGUAACUCUUUUUUUAUACGCACUUUGGGAUUGAAAAUGUUUUAAUUAGAUGAUAUUUAAUGUAUUUUUAUGGCAAGACUGAAAACUGAGCU